AUGCGGUUAUAUAGAAUACAUGUGCAGACAUUGACUUACUUUGUACUAGCAGCAGUAGCAGCAGCAGCAGCAGCAGCUGCUGCUGCUGCUGCAGCAGCAGCUACGCACGUGUCUAUUAAGCUGCAAUUUAAUGCAUUUAAUUAUUGGUCGCUUGUCUUUGAGCCCCACAGCGACAGCGACAGCUGCAGCGAAGACGAAGAAGAGGCCCCUGCUGAUGCUGCUGCUGCUGCUGCAGCUGGGGCCUCGGUGGCAGCUGCAGCAGCAACAGCAGCAGCAGCAGCAGCAGCAGGCAGUGCCGCUCCGCAGGCAGCAGCUAACCUGCACCAGCAAACGCCCCAGAAGACUGCCAAGAAGCCUCUGGCCCUUAACUAUUACUUCGGGCUGCAUAAGGCUGAGAGCAGCCCUGCUGCUGCUGGUGCAGCAGCAGCAGCUGCUGCUGCUGCUGUUGCGCUGCCUCCGGCGCCCGCAGCCACCGCUGUGGCGCGGCUGCACACGUCCCCAGCAGCAGCAUGCAUUGGCAGCAGCAGCAGCAGCAGCAGCAGCUACUCGUCGGAGUCCGGCGAGAAAACCCACGACCCAUACAGCACGAGCAGCAGCAGCAGCAGCAACGGAAACACUGCAGAGGUGUUAAGACUUUCCACCACAGACGGCAUUACUGUUGGUUACCCUCAGCAGCAGCAGCUGCAGCAGCAGCAGCAGCAGCAGGAGUCCCUGCGCCGCUCGGCUUCAGAAGGCGCAGCGCUGGCAGCGCUAGACAAGCCCCACGGAGACAGCUGCCCAGACCAAGAGCAGCAGCAGCAGCAGCAGCAGCAGCCGCUGACUGCAACAGCCCCAGGGCGGCUGCUGCUGCCUUCCGUUGUCUCCAUUUCUAGCUUUAGAUUAGGCCCUCUCGGCUUCCGUCGAGCUGCUGCUGCACCUGCUGCUGCAGCGCCUGCUGCAACAGCUGCUGCUGCAGCACCUGCUGCUGCAGCACCUGCUGCUGCACCUGUUGCUGCUGUGCCUGACGAGGCGCGUGCACCUGCAGCAGCUCCAGGAGCACCUGCAGCUCCUGCUGCUGCUGCUUCUCAGGACAGCAGGCAGUCUGCUGCUGCUGCUGCUGUACCUGCUGCUACUGCUGCUGCAGAUGACGCGCAAGACAGCGAGCAUAAGGCGGCUGCGCACAGCCUGUGGCCCACUCGCUCCGUCAGCAGCCCAGCAGCAGCAGCAGCAGCAGCAGCAGAAGCAGCAGCAACAGCAGCAGAAGGCUCGCCCCAGUCAUUCGGUCCCUCCGUCAACCCAAGCCUGCUGCUGCUACCUUCGCUAGGAGAGCCUCAUGCAGACGAUGACAGUGCGGCAGCAACACCAGCAGCAGCAGCAGCAGCAGCAGCAGCAGCACGGGAAGUUGCAGGGGGCCCCGCUGUGGGGCCCCCCACACCCGUCAGCCCGCAGCCCCCUUGGGCCCAAGGAGACAGCAGCCCUCGAGAGGGCCCCCUAGCUUUUGCUGCUUCAGGUGGGGAAGGAAGCCCGUUUGCUGCUGCUGCUGCUGCUGCUGCUGAAGAAGACAGCAGCUGCAGCAGCAACGAGCGUGAUACUACGGCUCCUGCUGACCUCCGCCCUGCAGCCGCAGAGGCAGCAGCAGAAGAAGCUGCAGCUGCUGCUGCCGGCGAGGGGCCUGAAGAUACAGCUGCUGCAGGCGCUGCAGCAGCACCUGCAGGAACAGCAGCAGCAGCGGCUGCUGCUGCUGCUGCCACCAAGGCCCUGCUUCCCCCUCUUCGAACCCCACAGGGCGGCAGCCUAAGGGGGCCUAGCCCAGCAGCAGCAGCAGCAGCAGCAGGCAGAAGUGGGCGUUCCUGGCUACCCCGCAGCAGCCGCGAGCUGCAUGCAUGCAGCAGCAUGAGUGUCAUAUUUGCUGCUCUAGCUGAAGACAGGCCGCAGCAGCAGAGUGCCCCGCAAAGCCCCAAAGCGGGCUCCCCACGGGACCGCCAACACGCCGCUGCUGCUGCUGCUGUUGCUGCUGCUGCUGCUGCGAGAGCGGGAGGCGCUGCAGCCCGCGCAGCAGCGAGUCCCCCAGCAGCAGCAGGAGCAGGAGCAGCAGCAGCAGCAGGGGGCCGCGGCACAGAGGUCCUUGCUUCCUACAGCUCCUUUGAGUCAACAGAUCCCCUCACGAGCCGCUGCGACUCUUUUGCUUCUGUUGCUAGCCGUCCCCGCACAGACGACGAGGUGCAGCAGCAGCAGCAGCAGCAGCAGCAGCAACAGCAGGAGCAGCAGCAGCAGCGGCAGUAG